AUGGGCUCUCAAAGUCGACGCCAGUCUCACAACGGAGGAUCGGUUCUGGAGUUGCGACCCACGCUUUCCGGCUCCAGUGGAAUCAUUGAUGAAUUCGACGCGUCCGCCAAAAAACAUAACAACAAGAAGAGCCGCGCGCUAAGACGCCGUCGGUGGCGAGUGGGUCUGAUUCUGCUGGGAUUGGUGGUGCUUUUGUGGGUGGCUUCUGGCUUUCUGGUCAACUCGAUCUUCUCCACAGGAGAGUACCCCAAGCCCUACUUCCUCACAUAUAUGAACACUGCGGUUUUCAGCGUUUAUUUGAUUCCCACCAUGUUCCGCAAGGUGCGCGGCAACAAAACAGCGACCCCCGAGUACUCGGUCAUUGAUGAAAACUCGGACGAGUCGCCCAAACUCACUCCGUUCAAGUCCGUGGAACAACUCACAGGACAGGACGAGGACGAGCUACUGAGCACCAAACAGACGGCCAUUCUCUCGCUCCAGUUUUGCAUACUCUGGUUCUUCUCCAACUUCCUCACAAACGCCUCUCUCAAAUACACUAGCGUCAGCUCGCAGACAAUUCUGUCAUGCACGUCAAGCUUUUUCACCCUGGUGAUUGGAUCUGCAUUCGGCGUCGAGGCCUUCACAGCCACCAAGCUUCUGGCCCUGGUGUUCAGCAUGUGCGGCGUGUUUCUCGUCUCCAAGGCCGAUUCCGUCGCUACUCAGACCAGAAUGGGUGUCCAGACCAGCGACAUUGUUUUUGGGGAUCUUCUGGCGCUGGCUGGAGCGGUGGUUUACGGGUUCUACAUGACACUGCUCAAGGUUAAGGUCGGGGACGAGUCUCGAAUCAACACAAAGAUGUUUUUGGGCUUUGUGGGUCUGUUCAACAUUCUCCUGUUGUGGCCCACCAUCCCUCUUUUGGACUACCUUGGAGUGGAGAAGUUUGGUCUGCCCCAAACGGAGAAAGUGUGGCUCAUAGUGCUGGCCAACGCCGCUGCUACUCUGGUGUCCGACUUUUUCUGGGUGCUGGCCAUGCUCAUGACCUCGCCGCUGGUGGUCACCGUCGGCCUAGGGGCCACCGUGCCUCUGGCCAUGGCAGGCGACCUGUUUAUCAAACGGUCGCUGCCCUCACUAACAUACGUUUUUGGCGCUAUUAUUCUGUGUCUGUCCUUUGUCGUCAUCAAUAGACAAGACGAGGACGAGUUGAUGGACGACGAUGAAGAGUAG